UGGCCGUGACGUAGGCACGUUAGUUAACCAGGGUGCGGCAGCACGCUGGCAUGUUUUCAUAAUUCUGCUUGGAACCACCCGAGGAAGAGACUUCCAUAAAUAAGUCAGAACGGAGAGAAAAUGAGGGAUAUUAUUUACCCCCGGAUUUUUGUCAUCAUCUUGUGUGCGGUGGUUUUUGUGGCAGUUUUAGUCGUUAACGGUUUAGCAGGGGCUGGUAGAGGUGCCUUCUUUUCUUCAACAGGUAACGUGUCAGCCCGUUAUGAGACCAACAUUACUCCUGCUGGCUGGACCUUCUCCAUUUGGGGUGUUAUUUAUACCUGGCUCUCCUUAAUGGUCAUAUAUAUUACCCUAUUUGUGUUCAGGGGAUCCUGGGCUCAGUGUCUACUGCCGUACGCAUUCUAUUUCUUCUGGCUGUUCAACAUUGUGCUGAAUAUGAUAUGGCUGCUGUUGUGGGACAGAGAGUUAAUGCUGUCCGCAUUGGUUGUAUUGAUCCUGGUUGUGUUAACCAACCACAGUGCCUUGGGUAUCUGUUGCUAUGUCACAGAUUAUUAUGGACUCUGGCUAAAAACUUAUUAUCCCAAAGACCUGACCUGUGUCAGAAUUCUGGUCCAGAAUGGUUUGGCGCUCUACACCACAUGGACAUCAAUUGCUUCGUUGAUCAACUUCACUUUAGUUCUUCAAUUGUGGGGUGUGGCCAAGAGCACAGCAGCAACAGUGUCCCUUUGCCUCCUGUUUGCUGAGGUGGUGGGCUGGUUUAUUCUUGAAAACUGGGUACUGGAUCGUUGGGUGCGCUACAUUCUGACAGUGUACCCGGUUGUGAUUGUGGCGCUGCUUGGAAAUGUCUUCAAACAUUUUGAUCCAGCCGACCCCAGCCCAAAUGGCAUCUUUAUGGUUACUCUCCUGGUGUUGGCAUGUAUCCUGCUGGUGUUCCGAGUCUGUAAUGUCAUCUGGAGAAACAAAAGGAGACCCCUCUUCUCUCUAGGGUCGGCACGGCAGCUGAAUUCACCUCUCGAUGGAACCAAAUUCAAGAUCUUGUCCUAGGUAUAAGGAAUCUUCAGACCACUAGACACAGAAACCCUUUUGACACUUGAUGACAUUUGUGAUUUUGACACUUUUGCUGUUGCUGUCAAUGCUUUUUCACUGGCCUGUUCAAAAUUCAGAUUUCACUCUAAUGUCCAUCUUUUUUUGUGACAGUGCUUUUGGAUUUUCAGUGUCGUUUUUCUGUUGCAACUUGUUGUUUAUUUACGUUUUCUUUUUUAGCUUAUUGAAUUUCCCAUCUUAACUGACCAGUGUGUAAACAAUGGCAGGUUCUUUCGCAAUUUGAUGAGGAAAAUACUUAUUUUCUAUGCCAAAACCUUGCAUGAGUUUUCUAUUUUGCUUUUCCAAUAUGAAGGUUCUUAUUUUUUUACAUCUGGCAGUUAAUGUUAAAUAGGUCAUUAUACUUGUAAGUAUGAAGUCAUUUGUUAUUUACACGUUUUAAAUUACUUCUGCUAAUAAACAUGUACUUUCACAUUGCUGUCAUUAGUACAUAUGCCUAUUAAAUGCAUGCCGUGUUUAGCUCUUUGUAUGUAAUGUUCAAUAUCCUAUGUUUUUAUUAUUAUUGUUACAGCCCAAAUCUGGUGCAAUUUUGCAGCUUGUUAUAUGAUAUUAAAUACAUAUAGUAUAUUUUUGUGUGUUCACAAUCAAUGCUGGCACUUAUUACAACGCAAGUAUAACAACCAGCAAAACAAAAACUGUUUCUAUAUUUUAAUUUGGGAAUAAAGUCAAACGCAUUUAUUGACA